CAUACUGUCCAGUCAACGAUAUUGAUAGAAAUAGAAAUUUGCCGUCUGCUGUAUUUUGAAAUUUUCUUGAUUUUUACAUUUUAAUAGCUUUUAAUUAUCAAUAUCAUUAAAAAUACAAUUUAUGGACUAUGAUAUAAAAUAUUUACCUGAAUCAGUGUAUUAAUUCAAUGAAAGUUUUAAAAAUUAUAAUUCUAUCUGACUACAAAGGUACGGGCCGGGCAGUGCCGUAUGAUGCCACAAGAUGGCGGCAGUCAAGCGAUGGCUAGUGGCGGAACCAACAUGGCGUCAACUGUUUCCUGCUCAACUGCAGCUGCUAGCCGGAGUAAGCGAGUGAGCUGCGCAGAGGGAACUGCGCAUCACCCGCAUCAACUGUUCCACAACAACAGCUUCCGAUCAGAGCUGGCUGAUACUGAGACUGUGCUGCCGGCUGCCGUUAAGGCACGGCUCUCAGACCUAUUCUAUCAGAUUGAGAAGGAAUUCGAAUCUCUCUACUCUGAAAACUUGAGUCUUCAAGAAAAAAUAGAUGCACUGAACGAAAGAGUGGAGCGUGAUUCAGUGGCUGUUGACAAACAGGGAGUCGAUGCAACAGAUUUCGAUGCUGCUUCCUCCAAAGGAUUCUCAAAACAUAAAUUGACAGGCUCGUCGCAGAAGCUGAAAACGGCGCACAAGCUGAAGGCGCAGACGAGCAAGAUAGUGUCGAGCUUCAAGGCGGCGACGGUGACGUGUCAGCUGGUGCGGGAGUUCCGGGGGCACCGCGACGGCGUCUGGGAGGUGGCCGUGUCUCGCACCGCGCAAUCCGUCAUUGGCACCGCGGCCACAGACCACUCGGCGUGCAUUUGGAGCGUGGAGAGCGGAAGAUGUCUGCUGCGUUACCUGGGCCACUCGGGGUCAGUGAACUCGCUACGCUUCCACCCGACCAGGGACCUAGCCCUCACUGCCAGUGGCGACCAGAAGGCACACGUCUGGCAGGCCGCUGUCAACCUAGAACUGCAGAAAGCUAGCUCAUCGGAUGAAGAGGGAUGUGGCCCCUAUGGCGAUGAUGGUGGUGGAGAGGGGUUGGACUUCAUGGAUAAGGUGCCGUCGCUGCGUACGCCUGUGUGUGAGCUGCGCGGCCACAGCAGUGUGGUGAUAGCGGCCGACUGGCUCGCGCCCAGUGGCGACCACCUGGUCACGGCAAGCUGGGACAGGACGGCUGCUCUCUGGGACGCGCAGACUGGCGAAAUGCUCCACACACUUGCUGGUCACGACCAGGAGUUGACGCAUGCGUCUGCACAUCACUCGCAGCGGCUGGUUGUGACGUCAUCACGCGACACCACUUUCCGACUGUGGGACUUCCGCGAGCCCAUUCACUCUGUCUCCGUAUUCCAGGGACACACCGAGACAGUAACGAGUGCUGUGUUUACCAAGAGAGAAGACAAAGUUGUGUCUGGAUCUGAUGACAGGACAGUCAAGGUUUGGGACUUGCGCAACAUGCGUUCCGCCUUGGCGACGAUCAGGGGAGACGCGGGGGUAAACAAGCUGGCAGUGAGUGGGUGGGGCGUGGUGGCCAUUCCUUAUGACAACAGACAGGUGCGCCUGUUCGACAUCAACUGUCCCGGAGCUCAGCGCCUGGCACGGCUGCCUCGCACUAGUCGACAGGGCCACCAACGUAUGGUGUCGUCAGUGGCGUGGGCUGACGACAGUGCUGCUGUCCCCGGCAUGACCUGCAACUUCUUCUCCUGUGGAUUCGACCGCCUCAUCCUCGGCUGGUCCAUUCAGUCCAUCAAAGACUCCAAAGAAGUCUGAGACUAAGGCUAGAUAUCAAGCACGAGAUUUGAAAAAGACAUCGGCGACCUGUUUCAAAUAAAGUUCACAAGUGUUAUGAAACGGCAACAGCUGACUAUAACUACAGCUACUGUAAGAGAUACAGUAGGUAACUACAGUUACUAUGGGAUAUAGUAACUGCAGUUACUGUAUGAGAGACAGUAGGUAACUACAGUUACUAUGAGAUAUAGUAACUGCAGUUACUGUAUGAGAGACAGUAGGUAACUUCAGUUACUAUACGAGAUACAUUAACUACAGUUACUGUAUGAGAGACAGUUACCUACUACAGUUACUUUAGGAGAGACUGUAACUACAGUUUCUAUAUAGCAACUGUAACCAGUCACACACUAGACCAGCGAACAUGCAUAAAGUAGGUAUCACAUUAGACUCUAUAUUAAAAGUGAGGAAAUUCGACAUUGCUAUUCCUCACAUUCCUAUCAUGGUGUUUUCUAUCUCAUGUUAUUUCGGGAUUUACUCGUAUCUAUAGCAUGUUACGAGAACUUUCAGACCUAAAACACUCCUUUUUAUAGUUAACGACUGAAAGUUCUCGUAACAUGGUAUAGGUACGAGUAAAUCCCGAAAUAACAUGCAUGCAUGCACCUGUUCCACUUGGAGUGUGUAGACCAGUGGCUUUCUUCGAACAAGAGGUGUCCCAUCUGUCGAGUCGACAUAGAAACCAACCUUAAUAAGGAUGUGACCCCCACAUAUGGUUCUUGACCCCACUACAAGCCCGUAUCUUUUCCCCCAGCAAGAUAAGAACACAUAAAAAUGAUUCUGCAAAAUUUGACUCGACAAAUGUUGCAGGAACAUUUUUCUCGCUUCAGCAGAACCAGUAAGUGAAUUUACCGUAGAUGAUGACGAUGGUCAGCCGAUCAUGGACUCAUUGCCGAAUACCGCAAGUCAAAGGAAGGAGUCGUGGUGUUGGUAUCGAAAAUCAUUACCAUUUAAACGUAUGAGCCGUAGCUCUUCCUGAAAGUCGUCAUUCACUACAAAGACCAGUUCAAAGAUUGGUCCAUAGUCAAACCUGGUACUGAGAAGAUCGGGUAAGCUAUAACACUGUGAAAUGCAUCGAUGCAGAUGACUUCAAUUUGUAUAAAUGUACUAUCAUAUACAAUCCUUUACAUUUUUAUAUACUAUUAGUUAUUUACUAUAUUACAUAAUAUGCUUUUGUGCAACCGGUCAUAGAAUAUCAGUUCUAAGGAAAUUUAUUCCUGUUUUCAAAAAUGAUCCAAAAAAAGAGUUCAAAUAUUAUAUUGAUUAGUUACGAGGUGUAAAACCAGUCCAAAUAUGUAGAGCUCUGAUAAACUACUUCAUAAUAUUAUACUACAAAUUUGAAUUGGUUUUACACCUCGUAAAUAACUAAUCAAUAUAUUAUUUGAACUCUUUUUACAAUACCAUUAUAUUGUAUGUAUGAUUUAUGUGCAUACAGAAAUACGCGUAUGUGGAGGCAAACAGUUAAAAACCUAAAACUUGCCUCCUUAGCACAAGUUACACAAUACAAAUGUUAUAAAGAUAUAGCAACUUGAAAUAGAUAUUAGGUAGAUAGAAAUGAUCAUAAAUGUUAUGAGGAAAACCUGGUACAAAAUUCUUCCUUGAAAGGGGAUUUCACUCCAGAACGGACACGACAUAAUUGGACUAUAAAUUCACUGCGAAUGAUGAGAAUGUAGGUGACAUGGUCUCACCUUCUCCAAUGCUAAAGCCUUCCCACUCGGUCGGAGUGAUCAUCUUGUCCGUUCGUCAUUAAUAUUUUUGUCGUUUCUACAAUCCAAGUAAUAAAUUUUACAACCAUGAUUUUAGUUGAAUUGAAGUAAUAUCGUAUUCUAACUCAAUGAUGACUACUGCCCUCUCUGAAAAAGACAUGCCCAACGAAUUGAGAACACUGGAAAGUAAUGCUGGAAUUGGUAAAAAUCAAUCAGCUCUCAACUGGUGGAUUGCAGUGCAUGCAAUUUAUUAGUCAAAACAUCUUAUUUUUAAUUUAGACUUUUCACUGUUUUCAACUCGGGCUCCGUAUUACCGGAUGGGCAUACGAUAAUUUAUUGUUGAUGAUGAGCAUGUUAAUUGUCGAUGAUGGGCAUGUUAAUUGUCGAUCCCGACUUUUAUAUAUAACAGUCGUGAUGGCUAAAAUAACCUGUAUAUCCAGUCGAGGUGGAACUUCCACCAAUAAAAGUCAUACGAUUAUUAUUUAACUUGGAAUCACCAGUUGACAAGCCUAAUUAGCGAUGUUGCCAUUCUUCCUAGGAUAUGGCAUUUACUGUGUUUCAACUAUUCUACCUAAACAACUUAAAAUUAAUAACAAUGUAUAUAAAGUAUACAUGUAGAGCCUCCUGUUCAGGCUGUUGCACGUACUACUGUCAGUUGUUGCCGUUUUACAAGACCUCUGAAUUGUUUUGAAAGAGGAUCGAGAACUGAACGACUAACUACACAAAUUACUAGAUUACUGUCUUUCAUUAUACAUGCUGCACUCGUAUCCAAAGUGUGCUACUAUACCGUACUAACUUAUUCUAUACUUUAAUCAGUUGUUGGAAACAUUAUUGUUGAUUUUUUAUAGUUAUAACUUUAUUUUUAUACAUUGUGUGGAUUGCAUAUAGGAUGUUGAUUAUUAUUGUUGUACUGAUUAAGAUAUUUUCUUUUAUUAUAUUAUAUAGUGACUGAGAAAUAACUCUAAAAAUCAUCUAGCAUUUUAUAAUUUUGUUAUGUUGUAUUGCUUUUGUGAUGUGUCUAUGUGAUUAAAGACAUUUUACUGGAAAUAA